CGCUGCGGAUGUUUUGGAAAACAGUCGGCUCUGGGGUAGGGAAACCGAGCUGUGUAGGAAUGUGACGUUUGCUCACAUUUGACUUACUUUAUGUCCCUGAAACAAAGAAAGCGACCUCUUCAGACAGUAAGGACGACAUGUAGCGUGAAAAUGCCUAAAAAGGCCAAAAAGAGAAAGCACAAGAAAUCGUCUUCGUCCUCAAGUGAAGAAGACGAGAGGAUAUCCAGAGGACAAUAUGCAAGCAACAGUUACAAAACCGCCAAGAGGAAAGAAGUUUUAAAGAGUCAGAAAAGCUGUAAAAAGGACAAGGAAAAAUCCGUUUCUUCUUCUGUUAAAGAUGACUCCCAAAGCACCCGGCAGAUCAAAAAACCUGUCUACAGAUUGGCAAAAACACAAGCAACAGAGCAGAAACCCGUUAAUAAGGACAGACAAUAUGCAAAAUCCAAACCAGACUUUGUGGCAUUCCAUCGGGAUCAUUGCUCCAGUAAAGCAAAGAAUUAUGUUUCAGGGAAAGAUAAAACUGUCACUGGAAGCGACAUUGUGGAAAGAGGAUACUCAAAACUCCGAGCAGGUGCAGUCCCUCAGAGAACAGAAACGAAGUCUAAAGGUGGGUUCGAUGAAAGGUCUUCCCAGAGGAGCCAGUCCAAAUUAAACAAGCCUCCAGUGGGUCCCAGUUUAGUUUCUGCUGAAGUGAAAGAACCAAGGCAGGAUGUGCAGAAGAGGAACUGCAGAACUGAGGACCCACCGAGGACUGGAAAUCACAGCAGGUAUAUCAAGACCAGCAAACCUACCUCCUCCACCUCCGCUAUAGAGAUGUGUCAAAAGCAUGAAAAAAAGGAGUUAAAGCCCCAAAGAAGUUUCUAUAAAGAUGAUGCAAACACAUCUUCUGCCUCCAUCUUAAAGAAGUCUUCCACUUCAGCCAAACACAGUGCCUCGGAAAGCAGCUCAAAGGUAAAUUUCACAUCAGUGUCCCGUGGUAAAGUUCAGUCAUCAUCAACUCCAAAGCAAAUAAAUCCUGGCACAUUAUCGAGAACCAUUAGAAUUCGUCAGCGCGUUGGAUGCGUUGGCUUUCUUGUGUAUGAUCAGGCGUCACUCCGGCUUGGUGACCGCGCCGUGCGCCAAGCGGACGGCAAAAAGUCGUCUCAGCAGGACCUAAUCCUUGUUCUCGACACAAACAUUCUCCUCAGUCACCUCGAUUAUGUGAAAAAGAUCCGCUGUCACGGCCUCGGAGGCCUGGGCUUCCCCAUUAUCGUCAUCCCCUGGGUGGUGCUUCAGGAGAUGGACUCCCUAAAAAUGGGAAGAGGCCUGUCAGGCUCCGUGGCCCACCUGGCGACUCCGGCAAUCUCUUACAUUUACAAGUGUUUGAAGAGCCGGGAACCUCGCCUGUGGGGCCAAUCUAUGCAGCAGGCCGCAGAGAGCAGCAACGGUCUGACUGCUGAGAAUAACGAUGACAGAGUGCUGCAGUGCUGCCUGCAGUACCAGAGGCUGUUCCCAGAGUGUGCUCUCACCUUAUGCACCAAUGAUAAGAAUCUGUGCAGUAAAGCCCUCCUGAGUGGGGUGAAGGCACUCUGCAAGACUGACUUGGAGGAAGAGGUUGGGAGAUCCAGACAUGGCCUUCAGAUCACUGGAGACAUUCAGAUCGUUUAUUUAAAGCCACCGUGGACACUUCAGGAUGUCUUACAGUGUAUAAAAAAGCACUGGAUUGCUGUUUUUGGCCACCUUAUCCAUCGGAAGAAGGAGCAAACUGUUUUAAAGCUCAUCAAAUUUUUCAACUCAGGUGAAACGGUGGAGCGUGAAGCCAUCUCAGAGGCCGUUCAAGAUGCCAAAGAGCUUGUGAACGCUUUUUCGAGUAGAUCAAAGCGCGUUCCACGAGCCGUCGCUGUACUGGACGACAUUUUGAACAAGCUGCGACCUCAGCCAAACCUUCCUACGGGGGGAGAAUCUCCCACCGGCGACGUUGUCAUGAAUGACGAUGACGAUAGCGGAGACUCUCACCAGGAAGUGUGGGCCGUCUUUGAGAGGAUCUGGUCUCACGUGUGUCAACUAAGCUUGGAGGUGUUCAAAGCUCUGGGCUUUGACCCUCACACCAGGCAGUGCCUUCAGCCAGAGGGAGCUGCUCCACCACCACAGGACGCCUUGGCCUGCUUGCACAAACUGUCCUCCAUGGUCUCGCAGCUGCUCCAAGCUUUCAGCAGUGUCUUGUUAUCAGCUCCCGGCUUAGAAGAAGUCCAGACACUGCUCAGCAUCAUCAACUCCAACAAUAUAGUAACUGAGACUUCCAGGUUAACCGCCAAAGGCCUGCUCGACUGUUUUUCACAACCGGACUACAGGGAGAAGCUCAGGGUGGGAGGGACCAAGUUAAUGGAGCUUCAAGAGGCCUUGGAACACUGUGUUCAAGCUGCAGGUCAAUACACGACGUUCCCCACGUAGCACCGUCGUACCAGUGUCAGGAAAGUUGCUCAUCAACCAAACUGAUUCCUCGACGUGACGGAUUCUUAACUUGAACUCAAAGCUGUCGAGUUAAAGGCGCAUCUGCUCGAGCUGUACCCGUUUCUGCCUUUGUUCUCCAUAAAGUUCACGUUACAGAGAUAA